AUCAAAAAAAAAAGCGACCGAAAUGCCUAUCACAUUCCAAGUGCGCGAAAGUUUAGAAACUAAACCUUUGGAUUUGCAUUUUUUGCCAGCUAAAGUAAAUGGAGACGGUACAGCUGACGUGCACAAUUAUUUUAAUUCAUACACAAGGACAGAACAAGGCGGAAUUAUAGCAAACGCCGUCCGUGGCUUUCCUUUGAAAGGACGAAUAAUUGAAGUGCCAGAAACACAUACGGGCGUUGUACUACAGGAGUCACAGAAUUCUUUGAACACUGAUCUAACACGCAAUUUCUAUACAACCGGCUACUUCGCAAAAUUCUGUUAUUGGAAUUAUGAUAAAGUACCAAGUAAAGCGGAUGCAUACAAACAAGCUGUACAAAUAUUUAACAUAUCCGAGGAGCUUUCAGGGGAUGUAUCUGAUAUAGAGUUAAUUGCAGAGAUCGAAAGGAAAAGGUGUAAAUCUGGAGCCAAGGAAAAUAAUUGUUAAUGUAAACGCAAUUUUAUACAGAACUAUGUACCAUUUACACGAAGUAUAUAUCGUUACCUUAAUAUAGAAAAGCCAUACCUCACAUCGUCGAUGAAAUGCAAAAAAGCCGUGACUAACUAAAAUUUUGUAUUGCAUAAAACGAUGUAUCCCUGAAGUGUAUCAAUCAAUUAAAGUAAAUUUUGAAUUUUUAGUUAGUUACGGCUUUUUGUAUUAAAGCGACGAUGUCAGAAAGGACCUUUCUAUAUUAAGGUAACGAGCUUGCAAAAAAUUUUUUUCAGAGUAUUCGGAACUGUAGAGAUUUGUAAGGAUUCGUAAAGAUCUCAUCCGAUUUUUAGUCGAAUUUUCUAAAAUGAAAUUAUAGAAACUUCUAUACGAGUUCGUGUCAACCACUUAACAUAAUUUUCUUUGAAGAUUCCUAAAAAAACCGUUAAAUAAAUGAGAUACUCCUAAAGAUUUCGGGAACUUCGGUUUGCCGGGGAUAUGAUGUUUAAGAAACGCAUAUGUAUUUUUGUUAAAUAAAAAUCAAAUGGA